ACCCAGGCAGUUGGCGUAAAUACUAAAUUCAUGUUUAGCAAGAUAAUCUUUUCAUCUUAAAAAAAAAGAGAGAGAAAAAAACAAUAGUUGGGGCAGGAGACAGGAUGAGGUUUCUGACAGCUGGAGGAGCCAGUAUAAAGCGCUCUUUCCAGUACUGCCGGCCGCCAAGCCACGCCCAGUCAGCGCGUGCCGGCGCCUCGUGAACGCGCACGCACCCGCGCACGCCUGCGCCUUCCUCCGCGCGCCCGGCGGCGGUAGCGCGCUCAACAAAUGGAGUGUGUGCUUGCGGAAGCGCUGCUCUCGCAGAUCCCGGACCCCCGGGUGCUGUUUGGGGCGCUGUGCCGCGGAGAGGCGUCCGUAGAGCGCGUGGAGACACUGCGCUUUCUUUUGCAGCGAUUGGAGGAACAGCAGGCGUGCGGCGACGGCGGCGCGGCCGCGCUCCCGGCGGCGGCCCGCCAGGUGGCCGUGGAGUACUUAGUGUCUCUGAUGCGGGCUGGCCCCGCGGUUGACCCGGGCCAUCAGCGCCGCCGUCUGCUGAGGGCGGCGGGUGCAGCCUUGCGCUCCUGCGCGCGUCUGGCCGAGGGUCAGCAGCUGGCGGCCGCCCUCGCGGAGGAGGCGCUGCGAGACCUGUGUGCCGGGUGGCCGGCGUCCGGGCCAGAGGGCGCUGCCCGGGCUCCGCGCGCCGAGGCGGCAGUGGAGGUGCUGGCGGCCGUCGGGCCAUGCCUGCGGCCCUGCGAGGACGAGGGGCUGCUGCGGCGAGUGGCGCGCGUCUCCCUGGCGCUCGCCCUGGGCGGGGAAGGGGGUGAGGCCGGGCCCGCCGAGGAUGUGGCGGCGCUGGUGACCGGGCGGCUGCUGCCCGCGCUGGGCCAGUGCGGCGGGCCGGCGCUGCGGGCCGUGUGGGAUGGGCUGGUCGGGCCCGGGGCGCCCUCGGAGCUGGGCAGCGUGGGCCCGAAGCUGCUGGUCCUCAGCGCCCUGGCGGAGAAACUGUUGCCGCAGCCGGGGGCGGGGGCGGACACGGGCCCGGAUGCGCGGAGCUGCUGGCGCUUCUGGAGGAGCGUGCAGGCGGCCUUGGCGCAGGCCCAGGACGCGCUAACGCGCAAGCGCGCGCGCUACCUGCUGCGGCGGGCGGUGGAGGUGUCGGCGGAGCUGCGCGCAGACUGCUCCUGCAGCCUCCAGGACCGAAACGGCCCAAGUCUGUUUUGGUGGGAUGAAAAGAAAAAAGAUGAACUUCUAAAGUUUUGGGAAAACUAUAUUUUAAUUAUGGAAGCUCUGGAAGGAAAUCAGAUUCAUGUGAUAAAGCCUGUUUUACCAAAGCUAAACAAUCUGUUUGAGUAUGCAGUGUCAGAGGAAAACGAUUGUUGGCUCUUUCAUCCAUCCUGGCAUUUGUGUAUCUAUAAAAGAUUGUUUGAAAGUGAAAAUAAAAUCCUAACUAAAGAAGGUGUUAUCCAUUUUUUGGAGCUGUAUGAAACAAAAGCUCUUCCAUUUUCACAAGAAUUUUCUGAGUUUAUUAUUGACCAAUUAAUGGAUGCACUUUCGGAGAGCUCUUUAUAUAGCAGGUUCCCGGGUCAGCUGAUAGGAAGUGCCUCUCCAUUGGGAUUGAAAUUACAGAAGUUUUUAGUCACUUAUGUUUCACUUCUUUCAGAGGAAAUAAAGAGCAGUUUCCUAUUCAAGUUUAUUCAGAAGAUGACAACUAGACAUUGGUGUGCUGUUCCCAUUUUGUUUCUAUCUAAGGCUUUGGCAAGUGUUCCAACAUGUAAAGCCCUGGGUCUAGAAGGACUUUUUGCUCUAAGGGUUGUUCUUCAGUGCACUAUGAUCACACAUCAGAUUCUGUUGAGAGGAGCAGCACAGUGCUACCUUCUUCAGACUGCUAUAAAUUUGGUAGAUGUGGAAAAAGUGUCACUUUCUGAUGUUUCAACUUUUCUCACAUCUCUGAGACAAGAAGAGUCCUUAGCACGAGGAACUUCAUUGUGGACAGAGCUCUGUGAUUGGUUGAGUAUUAAUGAAAGCUGUUUUAGGCAACCGUCAGCUUGUAGCUCUGUUGAACCUCACGAGACAUCUUCUUUAAAAACUUAUGUAAAGGACCUUGUUCAACAAUAUGUUAAAACACCUUCUUGGGAAACAGGAGAAAAAUGCUAUAUGCCUGACUGGCUUGAAGCCAAACUGGUUGCUACAAUGGUCUUACUGGCUGUUGAUGUGGAAGCAAUGAAAGUUCAAUAUGGUGAUGAACAGAGAACACAGAAUGUAUUGAGGAUGUUCUUAGAUCCACUUCUGGAUACCCUCAUGAAGUUUGCUACAAAUGCCUACAUGCCACUGGUGAAAACGGACAAAUGCCUUCAGUUGCUGUUGAAGUUAUUGCAUACCUGCUUGUUGAAAGGUCCCAGAACCCAAGAUGAUGAAGUGUACACUCUUCUUCAGAACUUGGUCAUGUCUACUACAGAGAGCAUUUCUGAAUUUAUUCUCAGAAAACUUACUAUGAAUGAACUAAGUAGUGUUUCAGAUAUGGAUCGUUGCCAAUUAUACCUGAUGGUAUUGACUGAACUUAUAAAUCUCCAUUUGAAGGUUGGGUGGAAAAGAGGUAACCCUGUUUGGAGAGUUCUUUCUUCUUUGAAAAAUGCAUCUAUUCGGCAUCUUCAAGAGAUGGGCAGUGGGCAGGAGCCAACACUUAGUACACAGAUUCAGAGAGUCGUUAGUAUGGCCUCCUUGGCCAUGAUAUGUGAAGCCGUUGACCAGAAGCCAGAACUUCAGCUGGACACUUUGGAUGCUGGGCCGACAGAAGAGUUCCUCUCUUCUCUUCAGCUCAAUCAGACACUGCAGAAGCCCCUCACAGAAGAGCAAGGCAGUGUUUUGGAACAAUCAUCUUCCCAAGGAUGGGGGAAAAUAGUUGCGCAAUAUAUUCAUCACCAGUGGGUCUGCCUCUCCUUCCUAUUGAAAAGAUAUCACACCCUUAUACCAACCUCAGAGUGUGAAAUUCUGGAACCCAUUUUACCAGCUCUUCAAAUGCCAAAAAGAACUUUGCAGUUUGCACUAGAAGCUCUCACUGUUCUUCCUUCUGAUCAAAUUUUACCUGUGUUCCAUUGCAUGAAAAUUUUGGUUCCCGUGCUGCUGACUUCUUCUGAAUCACUCUGUAUAGAGUCUUUUGACAUGGCUUGGAAAAUUACAUCUUCUUUAAGCAACACACAGUUGCUAUUCUGGUCUAACUUAAAGGCUUUUGUUCAGUUUGUUUUUGAUCCUAAAGUUCUUAGUAUUGCUGCAAAAUUGAAGAGCCAAGCAUAUCUCAAAAUAAAAGAGAUUAUGUUCAAGAUAAUUGAAAUGUCUGCUAUAAAAACUGGAGUUUUUAAUACACUGAUAAGUUAUUGCUGCCAGUCUUGGAUAGUUUCUGCUUCAAAUGUAUCCCAAGGAUCACUAUCAAGUGCUAAAAAUUAUAGUGAACUUGUCCUUGAGGCAUGUAUAUUUGGAACUAUGUUUAGGCGUGAUCAAAGACUUGUUCAGGAAGUACAGACCUUCAUAGAAAAUCUUGGACAUGAUUGUGCAGCAAACAUUGUUAUUCAAAAUACUAAAAGAGAGGACCAUUAUGUGAGAAUCUGUGCUGUUAAAUUCCUGUGCUUAUUAGAUGGCUCAAAUAUGUCUCAUAAAUUGUUUAUGGAAGAUCUUGCAAUCAAACUAUUAAAUAAAGAUGAAUUGGUGUCCAAGUCUAGAACUCGAUACUAUGUAAAUUCUCAGCAACACAGAGUGAAAAACCGAAUAUGGCAGACUCUGCUAGUACUCUUUCCCAGAUUCGAUCAGAAUUUCCUGACUAGAAUUAUUGACAAGAUUUUUCAGGCUGGUUUCACAAACAAUCAGGCAUCUAUAAAAUAUUAUAUAGAAUGGAUUAUUAUAUUGAUUCUUCAUAAGUUCCCUCAGUUUCUUCCAAAGUUCUGGGAUUGUUUUUCAUAUAGUGAAGAAAGCUUUAAAACAAGCAUUUGUACAUUUUUGUCAGUUUUGUCACAUACGGACAUCAUUACUGAAAAUAUUCCAGAAAAGAAACCAAUUCUGAAGCAAGCCCUUAUUAUUAUACUACAAUGGUGUUUUAAUCACAAUUUUAGUAUUCGACUGUAUGCACUAGUCGCUCUUAAGAAAAUCUGGAGCAUCUGUAAAGUAUUACAUGUUGAAGAAUUUGAUGCUUUAACUUCUGUUAUUGAAUCAAGUCUUAAUCAGGUGGAAAGCAUGCAUGGAGCAGGGAAUGCCAAGAAGAAUUGGCAACGCAUCCAGGAGCAUUUCUUUUUUGCAACAUUCCACCCACUUAAGGAUUAUUGUCUGGAGACUAUAUUUUAUAUCCUUCCACGCCUUUCAGGCCUUAUUGAAGAUGAGUGGAUUUCCAUUGAUAAAUUUACUAGCUUCACUGACAUUCCUUUAGACGUAGGAUUUCAGUGGUACCUCUCUUCAACUCAACUUUGUGAACUAAAGGCGGGUGACUGGUCUCAACAGGACAUAGAUUCUAACUCAGGUGAAGCAGAUUACCCAUCCGAGUGGACUGAUGUUCAGAAGAAGAUUAUUCCAUGGAAAAAUAAUGUUACAGAUUUAAACUUGGAGCAAGUAUUUCAGGAUCGUGCUGCCAAACUUGGGAAGUCAAUUAGUAGGCUGAUUGUCGUGGCCUCACUCAUUGAUAAGUCUACCAAUUUAGGAGGACUGUGCCGCACCUGUGAGGUAUUUGGGGCAUCAGUGCUUGUUGUUGGCAACCUGCAGUGUAUCAAAGACAAACAGUUUCAGCACCUCAGUGUUUCAGCAGAACAGUGGCUUCCUUUAGUGGAGGUAAAACCACUUCAGUUGACUGAUUAUCUGCAACAGAGAAGAGCAGAAGGGUAUACCAUCAUCGGUGUUGAACAAACUGCCAGAAGUUUAGACCUAACUGAGUACUGCUUUCCUGAGAAAUCUCUACUCCUACUGGGAAAUGAACGUGAAGGAAUUCCUGCAAAUCUGAUUCAGCAGCUGGAUGUUUGUGUGGAAAUUCCUCAACAAGGUAUCAUCCGCUCACUUAAUGUCCAUGUGAGUGGAGCUCUGCUGAUUUGGGAAUAUACCAGACAACAGCUGCUUAAGCAUGGAGUCCACUGAGUUAAGAUGUGCUUUAUCUGAGAUGAAUUAUUGGUGCUAUUGGAACAUUUUUAAAAACUAUUUGGACUAAUGAAAUAGACACUGAAGUUUACUGGGAUAUGUAUUUUUUUUUUCUUAAAGUUUAAUGCCAAAACUUUUUCAUGUGCCUUAAGUAUAGUGAUAUAUAUUGUUCCAUUUAAUAUUUUAACUAAAUUAUACUUCUUUAAUAAAGUAUUUUAAGAAAUUA